AUGGCGAACGCCGCCGACGACCUGGACCUCCUGCUCUCACUGGGCGAGGCCGUCCCGGAGACCCCUCCCGCCUCCCCCCGCGCCGCCGAUGGCCCCGUGUGCGACGGCGCCUUCACACCACCAAGGACGGUGCGCCCCGGCGGCACCGACAUGUCCGUUUUCCGCGACGCCGUCAAGGAUUACCUCGAGGCGCCCCCCGAAGCCACAUCCCCGCUUGCCAAUCGCCCCAAGCGGCCCAAGGCCACCGAAACCCUCGUCGACAAAUACUCCGGCCUCCGCAUCAAGCACCUCACGCUCUCGCCCCUUGAGAUUAGCAACCGCUUCGCCGACAUCCGAUUUGUGCGCAUCACCGCGCUAAAGAACUCUGUGGGGAGCGACAGGUUCUCCGGCUGUUGGGCAACCGCGGGCGUGGUGCUGGACAAGGGCGUGCCGCGGGUGAGUGCGAAGGGGAGCAGCUACAGCAUCUGGAAGAUGGGCGCUCUGGACGAGACCGACGUAUCUCUGUUCCUGUUUGGGGACGCGCACGUUCACUACUCCGGCGCUGCUGUGGGUUCAGUGUUCGCUGUGUUCAAUGGCAAUGUCCGCAUGGACAAUGGGGGCAAAGGGUUCUCUCUGAGUGUUGCUUCAGUGGGGCAGAUGUUGAAGAUGGGGGUUGCAGCAGACUUUGGUCUCUGCAAAGGCAAGAGGAAAGAUGGGGUGGCGUGCACUAUGGCUAUAAAUAAGAGUAAAGUAUCAUACUGCAAAUUUCAUUCGUCGAAAACAUCACAAAAGUACACUACUGGCAGAGUAGAGCUUAAGGGCGGAAAUUUCAAAUUUGCUUCCAAACUUCAAUCUGAAGGGAUUUACAUGGUCAAUCCUUCCUCAGAACGACCCAAUCCAAGAAAUUCAUUCCAACCGGUGAAAGUAAUGUCAAUUGAUGGGCUAAAAAGGGCUUUAAGCAAUGCAGAUAGAGUAACUAAUAAGAACCAGUCUCAGGGUAUAAGAUUUCUUUCCCAUGUUACAGCUAAUACGGACAAUAUGGAACCAAAAGCCCCAAUCAACGGCUCUAGGAACCAACAGAAAUUGAAGGUUAGCUUAAACAACAGUUUGUCAUCAUCUGGCGCCAAAGCCCUGCCCAAGCAGGGAUUGAGGAAACCACAACAGGAUGUUAAAAGGCGAAAGGUGAACAAUCCUACAGAGAAUAUCGUUGAGCUUGAUGCGGUCAGCUCAGACGAUGACGAGAUAAAUAUAGUACUGCGACGCUGA